GCUGGCAUCAUGUCUAAUAAAAAGCGAACAAAUAGUUCAAAGCCAGGAAUAAUGUUCUACUUUCACCACCAACCAAAGAAAGGAAAAACUGACAUUCCACUUCAAACACAGAACUUAGCACUGGACAAUGAAAUAGUAACUAUUGACUGUGAGGAAGUUGUUGCUGAGACAUCAGCUGAAUCACACGAUAAGUCUACAGAUGAAAAGCAAUAUCCAGCUGUGUGGUCAAAAGAACAAUUUGACGAAUUCAAAAAGAAACAUGAGUGGCUAUUUGCGUCUAGGGGAAAAGUCGGCUGUACAAUCUGUGCAGAAGUUUCUAACUUAAAGAUUCACGCUGCUCGAGGCAUAAAUAUUGCUUCUCAGUGGGCAGAAUGUAACAUUUUACCUUUUGGUAAAACUAAGGAAACAGAGCUCACAUCUCUUCGCAAAAAAAUGUAUAUACACAAAAAUAGCGCUGCUCAUGCAGAAGCAGAAAAAAUUCUAGAAACUGCUAGAAAAGAUAUUCUGCUAAACAUAAAUGGAAGAAGUCAAGAAACUGCUUUUGAAAUCACUAGCCGUGUAUUCAGAACAGCUUACUACAUUGCUAAAAUGAAUAGGCCAUUUACUGACCAUGAGAGCUUGAUUGACCUGCAAAAAGUGAAUGGAGUUCAGAUUGGGCGUUUGCUUCAUAGUAGAAUGGUCUGCGGAGACAUUAUAGAACACAUUUCGGCUGAAAUGAGGAAAAAGAUUGUCUCACAAAUUAUAACAAAAAAAACUAAGAUUACUAUAUUAGUUGAUGAAGCUACUACACUUUCUAGAUAUUCAACUCUUGUUAUUUUUUUAAAAUCAAGUGUUGAUGGUGUCAUGAAUCCAGUAGCAUUUCCUUUGGAUUUGAUAGAGUUAGAAAAUGCCUCAGCUGAGAGCAUAAAACAGAAAAUAAUUAAAUGUUUAUUCCAUCAAUGGUUUUACUUUCGAAGUAUUGACAAAGAUCUUUGUCAGUUUUUGUAG